GUCGACGUAAUUCAAUUUUCAAUGCGUACAUAAGUCAAAAUGGCUCCUAUAAUAAUCCGCGGAAAGAAAAUAGUGUCUUCGUCUAAAUCGAAUUACGAUGCCUCGGAAAAGGAAAAUAUUUAUUUGCGUCGUUUGACCGAUUAUCAAACUCGAGUACGAAGACGAGAUACUGUAAGAAGUGUAAGAAAUGCUACGGAACGUGAUUUAGAACGAAAAGUAGGCGUAGAAAUUCAAAUUAGGGAUGGAUCUACAAAGUUGCUGGCAGCAGCUCGCCAUCGUACACAAAGUUUGGAAGCGGCGCGAGCGUUGUUUAUAUCGAAUGAAAAAAUGUCUAUGUAUAUGAAAGAAUUACAACGUCGUAAAAAGAAUUCGUCCGAAACGUCCAAGUCAUCUGAAAGUACAGGGACAGUUUCACUUUCUGAGCUUAGAUUUCCAUUGAUGUGGAAAGAUUUGGAUCAUUUUAAAAAUCGUGGGGAUUAUAGAAGAUUUGCUGUGUUUUGUAUGGCUCGUAUAGGGACAGAGAUAUGCGAUACUAGCUUACUCUGUCCCAUAGACAGAACGCAUACAGAUAUUACCUUUGUUAAUCCUUUAAUAUUUAAUAACGUACCAGCAGAGUUCGAAUUGAGGUUGGAAAUUUAUAGCUGUAUGCUAGAAGAAGACUUUAGUAUUGCAAGUACACCAUUGAAAAUUACAAAAACAAUACAUUCGUCGAUAUCCAAAACACUUGGUAAAAGAUUGAGUGCCUCUUUAAAUGGAGAUAUCAAUCCUGUUCAAUUAGGUCCACGCUUUGAAUUAGCUGCCUCUGCCAAACUGACUAUAGAAGAAACAGAAAAUGGUGUACGAACGCAUGAUCUUGUUAUAAAUCAUGUUGAAAACAAGAAUUGCAUGUUACCACUUUUUGGAUACUUUUGUUGUCGUUUAGCAGUCGAACCCGAAUGCGUUAACUCGGAUAUUUAUACAGGGAUAAUUGAUAUAAAUGGUCAGAAGUAUUGGGCACGUUUGCGUAAUUUUUGCAUUAAAACGUGGUUUUCUAGAGAAUUGGAAGACGAAGAGAAAAAUGUGAUUCAUACUAUUCCUAUCGAUAAAGAAACUAUCAUUCAGCCCUCGAAACAUUCAUCUAGAAAACUUUUAAUAACAAAUUUUAUCGAUGGUAUCAAAAAGACGAUUAUAAUCGUAUUAAAAUCAAACAAAGAAGCUUUAGAAUGGUUGAAGUAUUUAACGACUCAUUCGAAAGAUCAUAGCAGGUGGAAAAGUGCAGGGCAAACGAUUCAGCAAGUACAUUCGACGGAUAAUAUCUCUAUCUUCUGUAAUAAUAAACAAGGUUCUCUGUACGAUGAAACAUCAUUGAUAGAAUCUAUUCCAUCCAGUUUGUAUAGUACACAGAGGUUCUCAGUACAAGACAUUUCUUGUACUAUACCUAGCAAUGUUUCUGGCAAUACGUCGAAUCUUCAUACUCGAUCAUUACGCAAUAAUAGUAUGUACAAAUUAAGUUCUAUUGGCGCGAAGCAUCGCUGGUCCUUUUUAAACAAAGAUCAGUCAUGAAUAUUAACAUAGAUAUAUAUUUAUUUUACAAUUGAAGAAAAUAUAUUUUACGUAUCUUACACAUCUUUGAAUAUAUUUCUAAACAACAUAUAUAUAUAUAUACACACACAUACAUUGCUUUGUAAACGUAUCAAUAUAUCAUUGCUAUCUAAAUCACGUCACAAUUAUUUGACGUAGAUCUAUAUUGUAUUAUAGUUCAAAUAUUUGAAAUUAUUUUUAAACAAGUCAUUGCCUUGCCAAAUAAUGACAUUAGUCAAAUCUCGAUAACUAAAUUACAUAUGCUACGUUGUUCCAGAGUAUAAACGAUCAAUGAACGAUCGAAUAAAGCGUAAAAAGCGAUUAUAAAAA